AAUGACUGGAUGUCUAUCUGUGAGUCAAAACAUAAACAAACGAAUGAAUGGAUAGACUGGAGAUGCGGUCCAAUGCAGGGCUCGACUCGAGUGCCAGCGUUAGGGCCAACCAUAGGGACAACCAUAGGGUCAGCCAUAGGGACAACCAUUGCCUCCCAUUCGCCGCCUCUCUCCGGGAAUCGCUCAUCAAAUGUGUCUUCUUCUGCGAAUUCCACCCAACCUUUGGACCCAAACUCAUCUAUCAGAUCCCCGAAGACUAUGUCUCGAAGGAGAGCUUCGACUCAUUGAACGUGUAUUUGAUACCGAAGACUGAAUUGCAGGGCAAACUCAUUACAGUCAAUGCGUUGGGUCUCAAGAUCAUAGGCUUCCCGAUGGGCAUCAGUGACCCGAAGUAUGCGCGCAAUCGUCUUAUAUUCAACGCGUGUUUCGUGUGCUCCGGGUCUCUGCGAACCACUCAAUACGAGCCCAUUGUCCGCAAAAUAGCCUAUUAUUUGAUUCACUUGGAACUGGAGCUCAAGUUCCUGUCGGACGAGCGAAAGAAGUCACAGUUGCCGGAGAUUCUCAAAGAAAUCAGGGAUCAGUUGAAUGUCCACAGAGUUUGCUCUAUAGAAGUCUCGCCCUCCACUACAAUCCAUCUGAAGGUGGCGAGAGUACAGCGCGACCCCCAACAAGUGCAGGCCUAUCACGUGCCGGUCCUCCUGUUCCCCGUGACGGCCAGUCAGUGGGAUCUCACCACUCAACAGAUCCUUCCAUACAUUGAUGGCAUUCGACACAUCUAUCGGAUCGCAAUGGAAGCGGACGUUGAGAUGAGUUUAGUGAAGACCUGCGUCCAGAAUAUGAUUUAUUACGGAAUCAUUUCAUUGAUUCCUAUUUUCCAAUAUUCAAACGUCUACUUAACGACCCCUCGUUUGGUCGAAUUGGCCGAAAACGUGGCCCUUCAGGAGGAAUGCAUUCGGUUUGUGUCCAAACAGGAGUCACAACCGUUGCCUACAUUUCGUACAAUAUUCCAACUCUACUGUCAUAUGUGUCCGGGAAUGACAGUCAAAGACCUUUGUAUGAAAUUCAAUCCGUCCGCUCACGGGGUCGACGAGAAAAUGCUCAUUAAAUUCGGUUUAAUGCGAGGCUUUAUCCGAAGGUUUCAGAAAUAUCCCAUCUUUUUAGCCCCAAAACCUCAUUCGGUUGAGAAUACGAGAGGUCUCUACCGGUUCUUUGAUGGCAACCACUCCUAUGACGAGAUCUGUUGCAAAGAACUCAAGAGUUAUUACGAACUCGAGGAGAGGGUUGAGAAACACCCGGCGAUUGUUGUUUGUUGGAAAUGAUUGCAUUCAUUGCACUCUUUUUAUAACUUUAUUAUUAUAUUUGCAAUAAAAAUAUUUGAAAUA